AUGGUAGUGACAUCUCGUAGUCACAGUCGUAGUGGCGACCAUCGGCGGCUGUUACUCUCUGCCUGGCCUGCAGGCGGACCAGCACUGCCUCAGCCAGCACUCCUUGCUCUCUGCUUCCUCUGCUUCUGCUCUGCUUAUUGCUUCUUGCUGUCUUCUGAGUCUCUUUCCCGGCAGCGAUGGCUUCAGGCAGGACUCGGGGGUGAAAAGCCCUCUGCCUCAGGAGCAAGCCAGGGGACGCUGGCAGCCAACUUGACCGCCAACCAGCAACUCUCGACCGUCGACCAGCCUUUUCUUCCUGCUCUUUCUCUCUCUUUUCCUCUCUUCUCUUUGCUUCUUCUUCUGCUUCUCGACUCAAGGCUCGCCCGACAGCCGGUGGAGUCCCCAAAAACGGCUAAAAAGGGCCAGAACGCAGUAGGCAAAAAGCCAGCAAAAGACGUCGACGGUAGAUGA